UUGAGAGUUUCUUCAGGUGAACACACCGUACUUUUUUGCUGCGCGAUCUCGUGAGUGGUGCACCCAAGGAGGAAGCCCACUCUUGUAGACCUGUUGUGUGAGCUAUACCAUCUCGCAAUACAUAGUGAUCACGUACAUAAAAGUGGCAAUUAAAUGAGAGAGAAUUAGUGCAAUAAGCGACUGCUUAAAUCGGUUGAUUGCGCACGAACCGUGGUAUCGGUUGAAGCCGCGAACGGCGGAACUGGGUUGUGUACAGCAAAAUUAUCAAUUUGCAUCCUCGAUGGAAAGUUGUUGAGUGCUCGUUUUUUUUUAUUUACUUCUUCAUAGUUCGUUUAUGAAGUUGGAGGAAAUGUGAAUUUUCUCUGUGGUAUAUAGGGAAAAGUUAAAGCAUAUUUGAGAAUUUGCAAAAAAAAAUAGUGAGUGUGGUUUUUCUGAGACAAAGAGGGGUGGAAAUGAUUUUACUAGUAAUGUGGUUGAAAGUGUUGGAAGGAAGUUAGAAGAACAAAAAAAAAGGAAAAAUUUUUCCCAGAGACGAAAAUAGGCAGCAAUAAUGUGGCAAAGGAGCUAAAAGAAGCAACUUGUGAAAGAAGAGAGAUUUUACAUCAAAUUAUCGCGCCUUGUUCUCUCUUUUUCACACAUUUCUUCGACCCUCCCCUCCCCCCUUCUUCGAAGUGAUUGCAGCAAAAUUAUUCAAUAAUCUCGCACACACCAAAAAACGCGAAGAAAUUGUAAAAUUAAUUCAACCUUUUUCGUCUUAAAUGUGAUUAAAAUUAAAAUUAUGGGAUUUCUCUAUGAGACUCUUACAAUUCUGGUCAUCGUCAAUUUCUGUGGAUUAUCUCAGCAGCAGGAUCAGCAGAAUUACUUCUACACACAGAAUCAAGGUCGAUUUAUACCGACAUACCAACAAAAUCCAAGGAAUACUGGAUACUUUGGUGCAACAGCCCCAGCGAGAAAUCCUCAGCCAGGCUCCUUUCAAGAGCAAACCCUCUACGUAGGAGCGGCCGGAUCAAAUGCGGGAAAUAAUGCUCAGGGUGCUGGACAACUCCCAGAUUCCAGUACGUCGGCGUAUUUUCCGUUUCAGCCAUUCACAACAACGCGGCAUCCGGAGUUGUUUGAAAUUUCACCACGACCUUUCACCGGACAAUCUCUGAGAAAUAAUGGCUUUCAAUACCAGAGGAUACCACCUACAGCUCAGGUCCCUCCUGGAGGAGUUCCCCUCCCACCCCAACCCCUAGUUCCUGAUUUUCCACCCCGAAAUCUCCCGCCACACCAAGCGGCUGAUCUCUUUCUCAAUCAAAUUGGACUUGAGCAGGGUAUUCCUGGUGAAAUUCCCAAUCAGCGGACAUUCCCACGCGGACCACCCUUCCGUCCAGAACAGACUGGGACACGCCCUGUGAACCCACCCAGUCGUAAUGACAAAACACAAAGCAAUAGAAAUCCAGGUGCCUUCAAGGCGUCCAUAGGUGACGAUUACCUUACUAGUCAAGAUGAGACAUUUAGGAGUAGGAAUAGAUACCGAGGGAAUGGCGUGAGUACAACUGAGCCACCAGUAGACACGAAGAAUACACGCGGGAAGCCAUCGAAGGGAAUUUCACCUGAUGCCAUAGAACUCAGUCGGAAGACACCACCAGCACGGAAGAUUCAGAAGGAGCUUCUUCUCAAUGAGCAACUCCUGCGAUCACGACCAGUUCCCUACGAUCAACCAGCAGCCAUUCCACCAUUCCCAAGGAAUCCAGAACCACCAAAAAUCAACAUCAGCCACAAUGGGAGCACUAAGCAAUCCAAUGAGUUACCCACUCUCGAAGACAACUACCCAGACUACUUCUACGACACUGUCGAUGACAAUCUAAUGGCUAAAAUAAAGAAGCCCAAUGAAUCCCAAAUUGAUGUUAAACCAGAUAAGCCCACGGAGAAAAAGAAGCCAGAAAGUCGAGUGAAAGAAGUGAAGGAGGAAUCAGCUUCUCAGGAACAAAUUAAUCCGAAUGUUUAUGUACCAAAUAUUCAGAGUCUCCAUGACACUAGCAAACACAUCCGUGACAAUAAGGCUUCCUUGGAGGAGACGCAUGCUGUUGAACAACCCACAGAGCCACCCAAAACUGAGGUUGUAACGGAAAAGGAGGAGAAACCUGAAGAUCACACGGUUAUCCUCACGUCUAAUUUCUAUUUACCAGAGAAUCUUCAGAAUGAUGAAGCAUUUGUGGAUGAUCCCCCUGUUGAAAAUGCACCUGCCCACAGUCAAUCUCCUAACAAUACGCCCGACAUCAAUGUACAGUCUGACGAUGAGGAAUACGAGUAUGAAGACUAUGCAGAUGAUGAGGAAGAUGCCAACAUCCCGCAAAUUACAACAGCCAACCCAACAGUUGAGGUUCCAACAGAGAAACCAUCAAACAUUGAUGGGGAAGGAGGUGUUAUCUCUGUGGUCACAACCAAAAGUACUCUAACAAAUAGUAGUGCAAUGAAUGAGGAGACAGAAACCCCCUCCAAUAUUGCAUCACCAAUUAAUUCAGAAAAUACCUCAACAACCACAGAAAGUUGGGUGGUUAUAGCAUCCGUCCAGACGAGUCGUUCUGUAUCCGGGGCUCGUUUUUUGCCCUUCCCUCAAGUUGAGCAAGAAGAGAAGAAGCAAGUUCUUUCGGACUUGGACAAGGAUGGAAAAGCAUCAGACGAGGACACUCGUGAUGAUGAUUUGCUUGAGAGGAAUGUUGGCAAUUCCACACCUGAACAAGAGCAAGACUUUACGACAAUUACCAAUAUGGAAGAAGCUCAUACUGAUUCUGUUCCCGAAGCCACGUCGCAUUCAUCACCAGCUUCGCAUGGUACUCCCCAGUCGACCGAAAGUAUUAUCGAUAAACUCGAUAGGGUGCAAUCUGAACUCUCCAGUGGUGUGCUAACUGGGAAGUUCCCCAUUCUCAAUGAAACUCUCGUGGAAAUUACCACAAAAUCCACACCUGUUGUUGUGAAAAAAUUCAGCCCAAGAACAACAACUACCACCACUCCCUCAACGACCACAACGAGGAAACCAGAUAUAAAGAAACUCGUCUUUGAAACUCUUCCAAUGGAUGAUUUGGUUGGACUCCUGCCUGCAGGAUAUAAGAGUCGAGCUAGCUAUAAAAAUAAGAAAAUCCCGACAACUACCACAGCUUUACCGGAAAUAAAAAAUACUUCGGGAUUGGCUUCUUUAAUGAAUAAUAUCCUCGUCCAAGAUGUUAGUGUUUUAGGCCUCUUACCCAAGGAUUACAAAAUCAAUGAAAGUACUACCCAGGAACCUGCCGCUAAGUCUCCUGCUGAUGUCCUUUUGCAGAAAGCUCAGAAGGUUGAUAUUAGCGCUUUUCUGCCUCCGGGCUAUGUUGCAAGUUCAACAACUCCUAAAGCAAAUACUAAGAAACCUCUCACUGUGACCGUUGAGGAUGAUAUCAGUAAAUUCCUUCCGCCUGGCUACAAACUUCCCAAAACGACAAAAAUGCCAUCAACAACUUCAACCACCACCACAGCUAGUCCACCCGUUGCAAUCAUAGAUGACAUCAGUAAAUUCCUUCCACCUGGAUUCAAAUUGAAUGCCACAAUUGAGAAAAGUGAGAAAAUCGACAUCUCUAAAUUCUUACCUGCAAAUUACACGGAAAAGCCCCAAGAGAUUACAACUGCUUCGACAACUACAUCCGCUGCUCCAAAGGUCGUUUUUCCAAGUCGCCCAGGAUUCUUAGCUAAGAAACCCGGACAGAGACUCACAACGCCGAAAACAGUGGAAAAUGCUGGACCAGUUGCACCAGACAUUGUUAUUCGGCAUGGACCCCCAACGAGGGCAACGACUGAAUUUACAGGAUGGCCAACCCCAUCAACCACCCCCUUCUCCAUUGAGAAACUCCUUGAGCGACAGAGAACCUCAACGAUCGAACCCCAAGACUUCUUCUCUGCCUCCACAACGACCCGAACAACAACAACAACCACCACAAAAGCUACAACUCAGCGACCCACGGAACCAGGGGUGUGUCAAUCAGACUGUGAUCUUGCAGCUACCAUCAAGAUCGUUGGUGGUGUAAUGUGGAAGCCCGAAUUACUCGAUCACAACACGGAUGAAUGGAAGAGUUUGGCACAUGAGAUGGAGAGUCAGUUGAACAGUGUCUAUGGGAAACAUGCAGAACUCAGCAAGUGGUUCAAGAAGGUCCGCAUUGAUAGCUUCAGCAAGGGCAGUGUUCUUGUGGAUUACUUCGUUGAACUCACCAAUAUGCCCCGACACAUAAAUACGCUGGAACUCAAGAAACUCUUCCAUUCUGCAUUGAAGACAGUUACCACAGAACCACCAGAGUACACAACGGAAUUCGAUGGUGGUCAGACUGAUGCUGAGCUAGACGAUGACUUCGGACCAAUUGUCCGUGAACGAGUGAUUGAGCCAAAAGUAGCCAAAGAAACUCUCCAACUUGGACAAUUUAUCAUUGAUCCCAUUUCAACGGACUUCAUCGUGAUCCCGAAGCAAAUUGCGCCAACUGUGGAAUUCGCCGAGGAGAACCAGCUCCUGCCUCAGUGGGCGAUUGCGGUGAUUGUCAUUGGAGUGGGAUCACUGCUCUUUGUGAUUAUCUUCGGAGUGACAGUGCUCCUCAACAGGAAGAACAAGGCAAAGAAGAAGGCGCCAGCGCCCCUAACAACCGACAUGCUGAACGAAUUAAACAAGAAUCACAUGGGUGGAGUUGAGAACUACGGACAUGAAGAAUUCUACAAUGUGGAAGAUGGGUGGGACGAUGAUACAGAUGCUCGGCAUCACGAUGUAAAGUCCAAGCGAUAUGCCCAUCCAGCGGUGAAUACGCAGUCCAACAUCUACGACAGCUGGAGGUCACAGCGACAUCCCAGCAGCGGCUAUUACUAUGACUCCCAUCAGCAGUACCCGCAGAAGAUUGGACCAUACCCUGCAGACGCCUUCAUGGAUUACCAUCAAGCACCAACGCAGCAUAACUCCAUGCCCAUGUACACGUACAACCCUCGACGGUAUCGAGACUACGACGAAGACUUUUAGUGUGUGAGAUCCCAAAAAGAAAUUAAAAAAAAAAAAAUAAACUGAGCGCAUGAACUUACCUCCUGCCAAUGGAGAUGAUUCGAAAGAUUGCGAAUGAUGUACUAUGUAAUGCUUUUAAUUUAAUAUAAUUUUAUCUAUUGA